GCUAUGCUCAGUCCUCGCAAUGUGUUAGCUCCUCGCGACUCUAUCCGUACAUCGCUCCAGCCAGCGCGUAUUACAGCGCUGCGGAAACAUCAAACACCUCCGUUAUCCCAGUUCGCAAGACGUUCGACGAGCUACUCGUCAAGAUGCCGAAGGAACACGAAGUGAUCGCCCAGUCGAUCCGAAUUGAAGUCGGACCACCGAAACGGCCCGUGCAUCGCAGCUCGCAAAUCGUCACAGUUGUCGGACCCGACUUCGCCCCUGCAAACAAGCCAUGGCGCACACGUUACUACCGCGCGCAGCAGUGCGCUUGAGCUCCCAAUCCUCACUCCUCGCAGCCACAUGCGCCACUGUCACGCCAUGUCGACAACUCUUCCCGCGCACCCCGAAAACGCAAGGCCCCGCGCGAACCUUCACCUGUAGCCCAAUUGUGCAGAAGAAAGCUGGCAAGACCAACAAAGCCAAUGCCCGAACCGACUCAACCCCCGUCUCAAAAGCGGGAACGUCCACUGCGACAGAUGAAGCCUACGACCUUUCCAUCCUCGAGUCAGAGAUCCUCAGAGCCAUGGAGCAGCUCACGCACAAGCUCUCUCAACUGCGCAGCGGCGGCCGGCUGAACCCCGAGGUGGUAGAGAGCCUCAAGGUGCAGCUGGGAAGCGCGGGCAAGGACGGCGACGGGAAGGAGACAGUGCGGUUGGGCGACAUCGCGCAGGUCGUGCCCAGGGGAAGAACGCUGAAUGUCCUCUGUGGAGAGGCUGAGCAUAUCAAACCGGUAUCGACAGCAAUUGCAGCGUCGCCGCACUCGCUCACACCACUCACGCCCGAAGCAUCGACCCCCUUGACCAUACAAGUUCCUCUCCCCCCUCCCACAGGCGAAACUCGUCGCGCGGCUAUUCAGUCGGCAUCAGCAGCUGCUGAGUUGGCGGAUAAGUGGAUUGCAAAGGCGCGCCAGAAUCACAACCAGAAGUUGAGGAAGUACCAGCUCGACAAGACUGUCCUGCCAGACGAUCUGCAGAAGGCGGGGAAGAGGAUGGAAGAGGUGGUCAAGAAGGGCCAUUCUGAAGUGAAGAGGAUUGUAGAUGGCGCGAAGAAGGUGCUUGAGGCACAAUAGAUGUCUUGGGCAGGGCUUUCGCGUCUGAAGAGCGUGUAGGAUCAUAUGUGAUGGGCGUGUUUGGAGCGCCGGCGAGUGUAGAGAGAAAACUACGAA